UUUUCCUCCAACGACGCACGGACUCACCUGAGAUGGAGUCAGCUGAGGCUUUGCUGAAUCAGCUGGGCUGGCCUCAUAUGCAUCACUUGUUUGCUCUACUUUGUCUUGUUACCAUUGCCUUUAAAGUUACAGUCUUGUACCUCCAAAGAAGAGAUAUGCUUCACAACUUCAAAGCUUUUCCAGGACCACCGGCACACUGGCUUUUUGGACAUGUUAAAGAGUUCAAAGAAGAUGGAAAAGAUCUGGAUAGGAUUAUGGGAUGGGGAAGGCAGUACUCUUACACUGUCCCAGUGUGGAGUGGUCCCAGUGUUUGUUUCCUUAACAUUCAACAUCCAGAUUAUGUGAAGACCGUAUAUGCAACAACAGAGGCAAAAGAUGAAUUGGGAUAUAAGUUUAUUGAGUCUUGGAUUGGUAAAGGUUUAUUGGUAUCAAAGGGUGAAAGGUGGUUUCGGAACAGAAGGCUCUUGACCCCAGGUUUCCAUUAUGAUGUUUUGAAACCAUACAUUAAACUGAUGGCAGACUCUGUUAAAACGAUGUUGGACAAAUGGGAAAGUUAUGCAAACACUGGCGAGUCCUUUGAGUUGUUCGAACAUGUGAGCCUUAUGUCACUGGACACCAUCUUAAAGUGUGCUUUCAGCCACAGCAGCAACUGUCAGACCAAGGAUGAAAGUAAUGCAUACAUCAAGGCAGUUUAUGAGCUCAGUUAUUUGAUUAACCUGCAGUUCAGGACAUUUCUAUACCACAGCGGCCUGAUUUUCUACCUUAGCCCACAUGGCUUCAGAUACAGAAAAGCAUGUAGAGUGGCUCAUGAUCAUACAGAGGCGGUCAUAAGAAAGAGGAAAGAAGAACUAAAGGAGGAGAAGGAGCUGGAACGCAUACAGGCCAAAAGAAACUUGGACUUUCUGGACAUCCUUCUCUUCGCAAGAGAUGAGAACCAGCAGGGUUUAUCAGAUGAAGACAUACGAGCAGAAGUGGACACCUUCAUGUUUGAGGGCCAUGACACCACAGCCAGUGGCAUGUCUUUCAUCCUCUACUGUCUGGCCUGCCACCCGGAACACCAGAAGAUGUGCAGGGAGGAGAUCAUUCAAGCCCUGGAUGGCAAGGACACCAUGGAGUGGGAGGAUCUCAGUAAAAUUCCAUACACCACAAUGUGUAUCAAAGAGUGCCUUCGCCUUUACCCUCCUGUACCAGCAGUUUCCAGAAAGACCACGAAACCCGUGACCUUUUAUGAUGAAAGGACUUUACCAAAAGGUUGUCACAUUGGAAUAAAUGUGUAUGCGAUUCACAGAAAUGAAACUGUCUGGGAAAACCCUGAUGUCUUUGACCCACUGCGUUUCCUACCAGAGAAUGCUUCCAAGAGGUCACCUCAUGCUUACAUUCCCUUCUCUGCUGGGCCAAGAAAUUGCAUCGGGCAGAACUUUGCCAUGAAUGUGCUGAAAGUGAUGACAGCCCUGACACUGAGGAGGAGGUACCAUCUGAUCGAGGACCCCACUCAGAAACCCAAGCUGAUUCACAAAAUUACACUCCACUCAUCCAAUGGCAUCCACAUCAAGAUCAAACCUGUAGACCCACAAGAGUGA